UCCUCUACCAUUCUUAGGUGGAGUUCACUUAAAGUGUAACAUGCAACCGUUCUUAGAAGCUUGCUACUCCUUUCCUUUGACCUCCACCCUAGUUGGUCCGCCCUCUGUCAUGAAUAUCAAACUGCUUUUGCAAAAUGGCGUAACCAUAUAUGUUGAUCAUGAAGUGAAAGUGAUCCUCUGAAAUACAACAUGUGGUUCAUAUUAUUUGCCCUUUAAAUUUGUGCACACCUCUGAAAAAUACAUUUUAACUGGUAUUUCUUAGAAAUACAUUUAAACUACUCUUUGUUAUAUUUCUCCUCAACAUCUUAUGUAUUUAACACCCUACUAAUUGUAGCUAUACAGGAGAAUUUGAAGAAAAAAACAUAGUAAUAAAUGCUUCUUUGCUCGCGGAAAAGGUAAUAUUAUGGUACAAAUUCAGUUUGUCCAUACAACUCUAGUAUUUGAGACCAGAAGGAGUACUUAUCGGAAGCUAGUGGUGCAAGGGGUUCCCUUUGGUUUCUUCGUAUAUUUACUUAUUUUAUUAUAUUUUGAGUACUCUUACUAAAAAUUCUGACUCCGUUAAUGGUCUCUAUUGUCGUAAGUUUCUAGAUAUAUCUAUUCAAUUAUCUUAACAAUCAUUUUUUCCUUGCUCAAACACUAACAAAUGCAACAUACAUGUAACCAGAUUCUUGAUUAAUUGCCAACUGCGUCCACACGGCAUCUAGAAUGUCAAUCUCAGACAUGGUCAGCACAAAAUGCAUAAAAGAGGUUUACUCACAGUAGAAAGGGUCUUUUGGGCUUAUAUAAAGCCCCCACAGCCUAAGAUCAAAAUGUACCAUUUCCAAGUGAUCACUCACAAAAAUAAAAGUGUCCCAACAAUUAGUUAAGAUGGCUAAAUCCAUAGCUUUCAAUUCCUUGGUUUUGAUCAUUGCAACAAUUGCAUUUCAUUCAUCACUAGUCAAUGGAAAGAUAUCAAGUAGCAUGUAUGUCAAUUGGGGUGCUCAUCAUUGUAAAAUGCUAGGCGAUGAUCUUCAACUUGUUCUUGAUCAAUCUGCAGGUUCUGGUGCACAAUCAAAAAGAUCAUUUCUCUUUGGUAGCUUUGAAAUGCUUAUCAAGUUGGUACCUAACAACUCUGCUGGAACUGUCACAACAUACUAUCUAUCUUCUACCGGUGCAAAGCAUGAUGAAAUUGACUUCGAGUUUUUAGGAAAUAUGUCAGGACAACCUUAUAUUAUACACACAAACAUUUACACCCAAGGUGUUGGAAAUAGGGAGCAACAAUUCUAUCCAUGGUUUGAUCCAACUGCUGAUUUUCACAAUUACACCGUUCAUUGGAACCCCAAUGCUGUGGUAUGGUACAUUGAUGGUAUUCCAAUUAGAGUCUUUAGAAACUACCCACUCCAAGGAAUUCCAUUCCCAAACCAACAAGGAAUGAGAGUCUACACUAGCCUUUGGAAUGCUGAUAGCUGGGCAACUAGAGGUGGCCUUGUGAAAAUUGAUUGGAAUAGUGCACCAUUUACUGCAACUUAUAGAAAGUUCAGGCCAAGAGCUUGUUAUUGGAAUGGACCAUUAAGUAUCGUUCAAUGUGCUAUUCCCACAAGAUCCAAUUGGUGGAAUUCCCCUUUAUAUAAUAAAUUGAGUGCUGAUAAGUUUGGUCAAAUGAACUCCAUUAGAAGCAAGUAUAUGAUCUAUGAUUAUUGCAAAGAUAUGAAAAGAUUCAAGGGAGUUAUGCCUACUGAAUGCUCAUUGCCACAAAACUAGAAGGACAUGGUCAAAGUGAAAGCUGCUCCAUUGGAUCUUUUUUUUUUUCUUUCCAAUAAAUUCUUCAAUAUAUUAAUGUACUAAUCUUGAGCUUCAACAUUUUGCUUCUGUUUUUUUUUUUUUUUGAGCAAGAUCUUGCUUAUGAGUUGAUCUCAUUCAUGUACUCUAUUCUUUAAAGUAAAAACUUGAUUAUUUUUAUUAACGACUUUUCCACGA